AUGAGGUCUUCUUUCACCUCUUCUUUGAAUUCGAGUGUUCGUUUGACUCCGGUGCGAGAGAGGGACGGUCGGCCGCUCACGACAAAGGCUCAAACAGAGGUCCCCGGACCAGGAAAUUACAGUAUUCGAUCAAGCAUUGGGGAGGGAGCCAAGUUCUCUCUUUCAGGUCGAUCUGGGCAAAGCAAUCUGGAAAAACGAUCAGGACCAGGGCCAGGAAGCUACACUGUGAGAGGAGAUUUUGAAUUAGACUCCAAUAGAAAUAGAAAGGGAUUUAGCCUUAGCAGUAGACACAAGGAAAUAACGGCAGGAACAAAUCCUGUUGGACCAGGUGCCUAUAGUCUUAAAUCUGAUUUUGAGCCUUCUCCAAAGAAAGGUUUUAGUUUGUCGGGAAGAGCCAAUUCUGCAUCCUCAUCAAGUCGAUCAUCUGUACCAGGUCCUGGAUCCUAUUAUUGCGACAAUCAGUUCAAAACAUCACCAUCUCCAAGAUAUUCCUUGUCUGGAAGAACAAGACAAGUAAGUUCAGCAAUCAACACGAAUAUCGGCCCUGGAUCUUACAAGAUCAAAUCAGAUUUCGAAAGCCCAGGAAAAGGCUUUUCAAUAUCAGGACGAACCUCAUCGAACCAUCACUCAGAUUUUGUUCCUGGGCCUGGACAAUAUGACAGAAAAAGCGAUUUUAGUUUGGAUGGAAAGAAAGGAUUUUCGCUGUCAACUCGUCACAAACAACUAAGUCCAACUAGUUCUUCUCCAGGACCUGGAGCCUAUAAUGCUCCAAGUAGUUUCUCUGGUGUGAUAAGCGCUUCAUUGAAAGGAAGGCCAAAAGAAAAUUCUAUCUCAUUUAGUCCAGGACCUGGUGCAUAUCAACCAAGGUCAGACUUUGAUUUGACCACAAAGAAAGGGUUCUCCUUAUCGGGAAGACCAAAGGAAUCUUCACCACAUUCUGCCUCACCGGGACCAGGAACCUACAAGACUAGAUCUGAUUUUGAUUCCAAUAGCGGAUUAAGGUAUUCAAUUUCAGGAAGACCAAAAGAGCUUUCAGCUUCUGUAAGCUCCGUUGGACCAGGUUCCUACACGCUCAAGUCAGGUUUUGAUGAACCAAAGAAAGGGUUCUCUCUUUCUUCUCGUCACAAAGAGCUUGCUUCCUCCAUGACAGUGCCAGGCCCAGGAGCCUAUAGAUCAGUAUCAGAUUUCGAGAACUCUAAGUCCAAGGGUUUUAGUCUCUCAGGCAGAACCAGCAUUCUUAACAAAUCUCUGGAAAGUGUACCAGGCCCUGGUGCUUAUUCAAUUUCGUCCACAAUUGGUAAAGGAUCAGUUGCUCAUGUAUUUGGUACUGGAGUGUAA